AUGAAUUCGAAAAACAGCAAUGAGAUGGAUACCGGCGAUUUCAAAGCGAACUAUAUAACUUUAAAAUACGUGUUUCUGAAACGUUCUAACUACAAAAGCCUGGCUUCAUUCUUCGGACUAAAGUUCGACGACAGCACUGAAAAGUACAGAAGAUUAAGAAAGAACUUGGUACCAGUGAAAAGACUGCCAGAUGCCUUGAUUAUUGGGGUUAAAAAGUGUGGUACUAGAGCUCUUUUGGAGUUUUUACGACUACAUCCUGAUGUUAGAGCUGCUGGUUCAGAAGUUCAUUUUUUUGAUAAGUUUUACCAUAAGGGCUUUGAAUGGUAUAGAGAUAAAAUGCCACCAACACUGGAGGGCCAGAUCACGAUGGAAAAGACCCCCUCAUAUUGGGUGACACGGUCAGCGCCACGCCGCGUUUAUGCCAUGAACCAUUCUGUCAAAUUACUAGCUGUGGUCAGAGAUCCGGUCACUAGGGCUAUAAGUGACUAUACACAAUCUGCAAGUAAACGCCCAUCCCUUCCACGUUUUGAAGACCUAGCUUUGGUAAACAGCACCAUGGGUUGGGGAAGAGCUCCUUGGUCUGUAGUAGACGCAACAUGGCCUCCCGUUCGGCUUGGUGUCUAUGCAAGGCCCUUGAGACGUUGGCUAAGGAGAUUCCCAAGGUCACGUCUUCUUCUUAUAAGUGGAGAGAGACUGGUUAAUGAUCCUGCAGCUGAAAUGGCCAGGGUACAGAAGUUCCUUGGUCUCAAACGUGUGAUAACGGAAAAACAUUUCUACUUCAAUUCUACUAAAGGUUUCCCCUGCCUCUUCAAGUCUGAAAGCCGUUCUACACCUCACUGCCUUGGCAAAAACAAAGGAAGAAACCAUCCUCACAUAGACCCUGUAACUAUACAACGCCUUAAAGAGUUCUAUAAGCCAUUUAAUGAGAGAUUUUAUGAGAUGUCUGGCAUCAAUUUUGGUUGGGAUUGAUGUGGUAAGUUGCAAUAUAUAUGCAAGAGAAUAUAGAAAUUGCAAUUUUUAAUAAUUCGCUGCUAACAUCUGUUAAAUUUUAGGAUUGAAGUUACUAUAACUUAGCAAUAAUUAAUUUGAACUAUCAUUAUAAAUAUGCUAAAUGAAGCAGUUUGGAUUUGACAGUAAAUAAGUGAAAUUUUCGCUUUCGAGUUCCUAAGUAG